AUGGUCCUCAUCCCGCUCGUCCUCCACAUAAUUCGCUUAUUAUCCAAAUCUCUUCAUUGGUACAACAUGUCUUCUCCGCUCUCAGCCACUAUGUCACUCGAUGAAUUGACUCAGGUGGUUCCGCAACCCUUCGAGCUACCGUCUGACCACGUGUCGCCUCCUCCAAAGAAACAUCCGACAUUUUUGACCAAAUUAAUCAAGGUGCUCACCCAAAUCCAAAAGUACUCAUCCUACACCUUCUUGGGAUUCUUUGGACUCCACAUCGCCAGCACCGUGGUGGUGCCCGGCCUUGGUAUUAACGCCGAAAAGUGCCAGGACAUAUUUGAAAUGUGCCGAAACGUAUAUUUAGGACCACUCGUGGAGUACCUGGCCAUCUAUGCUGCUGGAGGGAUUCACUUGGCCAGUGGGAUCUGUCUUAGAGUGUUGCGGCUGUUCUCCUCAAGAACCCGUGCUCAACCCAAAGACUUUCUCAUCAAAGACGAAUACAGAGAAGACAUUGGAUUGGGUGGGCUUGGGACGCUCUUAGGACUAGGGUACAAACGCUCAUGGAUCUCUUCCACGUUCCCAUCUUUCACUCCUUUGACCUUCUCAGGCUACGUGAUGGCAGUCUGUCUCGGCUUCCAUUGGUUCAAGAUGAGGUUGGCUCCAAUGUUGGUGGAUGGAGACUCUUCCCUUGUCACGCUUAAGUACGUUACACAUUACCUCCACCAGUCACCCUUUGGCAAGUGGGGAGCAUUUUGCAAUUAUGCGAUGCUUGUGUUGCUUCUGUGGGUAUCAUUUUAUCAUAUAGUUAGUGGGCUCUUCAAGUGGAGACGACAGGUGCGUGCUCGAGCAAAGAAGAUAGCCUAUGGAGUCAUCGGUACCUUCACAUCGCUCAGUGUCAUAGCCAUUUUGCGCAUGAAUCUGUGGCCACUUGAUACUGGAUUCAUGGGAAAGCAAUUCGCCAAGUACUUGUUUGUUGAAGCAUAA